CCCCCAUUUAGAAAGGGAGCUUGGAGCUUGAGCUUCAGUCGUCCGCGCACCAGCGGCGAGUCCGCCACCUUUGGCUCAUCUUUUACGUAAUCUUGCACUUGCCAUUCAUUAAUUCGCUGUUAUUUACAAGAGCAACAAUACGUCUUCUUCAAAAUGAUUUUUCAAGGAUCAACAGGAAUUCUUCGACAAACCAUGUUAAUGCAAGGAUUCAAUAAUUAAGCACUGAAACUGUUUGACAUAAAAGGGAAUAUUUUGAAAGCGGAAAAAAUGCUAGAAGCACGACCCAACAGUCAAGAGGGGUUGGUGGAGGCGGCCAGAGGUUCAGAUAUAGACACAAUGUUGUGUGGCUAUACAAAAAGUAUCUAUGUAUUGGAUCAGUCGGCAAUAAUGACGAAUAUGGAUAUGCUGCAAUUAUUCGCUUCGCCUGCUGGCAGAGCUCUUGUUAGGAAGGAUAAUCGAAAAGGAGGUUCGACAUCGACAUCGUCAUUAUCUCGAGAUUGUUCAUCAAGAAUGAAGAGCGAUAGAGUUGCACCCAGCUUAGGGUCUGUAAGUGCACCUACAUCACCUCGUCGGCAACGCAAGUCUAGUACAGAACUCUACAAAGAAGCUGCCGAGAUUCUUGGGUUAACUUGCAGUCUCAGCGACAGUUGUCGGUGCAUCGAUUGUCAAAGCAAUUAUUUUGACUUUGAUGAUGAAUGCAGCGAUACAAAAACAGAACUAGCAGCAGGGACACCUGUUUUAUUAGACCAUGCUUUGUCACAUCCAUUGACGUGCACUAUUCAGUGACUCUGAAUUUAGGUAUCGAGACGUCCCUAUUGAAAGAAAGUCUUUAUACACAAGCAACAUUUUUUAUUCAUCUUUUGGAAACAGUAUGAUUGUUUAACAACAAGAAAAGUAAAAUUAAAUAAGUUGUGAUAGUUUCCACUUAUUAAAUAUUACGUGACUUUAUUUAUAAUUUUACCUAAGCAAAUUUGUUUUAAUGCAUAAAUAUUAUCUAUAUAUGCUGAGAUAAAAUUAUAACACAAUGGAAAGUGUAUGUAUUAUAACUAUAAGAGCUAUCAAUUUUUUUUUCAAUUUAUUUAUUAUCUACCCUAAAUGCGCUCGUUGCCAAAUAGCAGACUUUUAUUCUCACAAUCGAAAUGAGCUGUUUUUAUUUCUUUCCGACAAACGAAAAAUUCGUUUUUAGUAAAAACUAACCCAUAAAUGUUGGAUUCAGAAAAGAGUAUUUGAAAAUAAGUUAAUUACUACAGUAACAGUAAGAGAAAAUUUUUUUAAAAUAACAUUUAUUUUGUUCAAGAAACACACUAUAAUACUACUUCAAUGAUUAGUGACGACAAAAAUUAUCUAAAUUCUACAUCUUUUUAAUUUUAUAUACAGUUUUAUUUACAAUUUUUGAAGAAAAAAUUUAAAUGUACAAAAUACAGACUUCACAUUUAAACAUUUUAAAUUUAAUUUCUAAAUUUAAUAUAUCUUCCUAUUUACAGAGGAACUGCGAACGUAUAUUUCAGAUUACUUUAAUAAUUCAAUGUGACUCUUUUAAAUGACAUAUUUUCUUGACUAUGUUUCUCGCGGACCAGUAGGUAAAGUACACGAUGUUAAUGCAAUCAUUAUACUCAUAUUUGUUUAUACAUAAAUGAUGAGAAAUUAUCUUACAGAGCUUAAAAAGUCAGUCUACAAGUUAGACAAAUGAUUAAAAUUUCUUUUUCUCUCUACAAUAUAGUUACUGACAGUAGUUGUUAAUAAAUAAAAAUAAUAGUCAAGCGAUUUCAUAUAAAAAAGCAUAAAAGAGUAUAUUUACUGUUUAGAAAUGUUCUCAAUUCUAAUUAAUAAAACUAAUGCGUAUAUGCUUUUAGAAUUUCUGAAUAUGAACAUUGACUGGCAUAUUUUAUGCGAAAAUAUUCGUAUUUUCGAAUCAUUUAUUUAGAUAAAAACAAAAAAUUUUUUAAUUUCAGUAGAAUUAAGAAAGAAAGUUUAAGAAUCUAUAAUAAUUGAAUAUGACUAAUAAAUGGUUCUUAACUGCCCAAGACCCGUUAAAUGGCAAUAAUUUAUUCUAUAAGUAAAUUUCUAUCAAAACUACUGUUAAUAAAAUUAUAGUAAAAAAAAAAAAAAACUAAUAUGAACAUCGCCUAAAAACUUUUAAGAUUUAUGUAAACUUGUACUUUACAAAAAAGAAUAUAUGUAAGACAUAAAAUGUACUACGCUUUGAAGUCACUUCCAUUACUAUAUUUGUUAAAGUUUGCUAUUGAUACUGUUGAAUGUGAUAAAAAUACCGAAAGUAUACUGUGUAGACAGAAAUUAUUUGUAUUUAGAAACAAUAUUAAAAAUAAUUUAUUUAUCAAAUAAAAUGUUUUCCGUUUACAAUUUUUAUAUUUUGAAUAAUUUAAAAAAUUUGCAGAGAGUUUGCUAAAAUUUGGAAUGUGAUAAAUAACGCGAGCGAAUUCCACUAAACGAAUUUACACAUUCUGCGACUGAUGCUAAAGUAUUAUUUACAAAGAAUCUACAUAAAAUAAAUUGUAGAUAAUAGAUUUAUAUAUACAUAUAUACAUAUAGCAAUAAUAAGCAAAAAUUAUAUGAAUAUGACCAUACCUGAUUUUCGCCACUGUGUUUCUGCUCUUUAUUUACAUUUGUAUUUUAAAAGAUUAAAUUGUUCAAAUUUCUUUAUUGCUCUAAUGCAAGUUUCGAAGCUACUAUCACUGUAAAAAAAGGGAGUUAGAUUUUAAUUCGCAGGCUCUAUAAAGUCGCACGUUUUUCAAUUUGGAGCAAAAUGGGUUAAAUCAAGUAAGUUAACACCAUUUGUAAUUACGAAAAUAAUAACUGUCGAAAAACAUUGAUAGGGACGAGCAUAAAUUGGUUACAUUAUAGAGCUUUGCAAAAAUUGAAAAAGAAAAUUGGAUUAAUUCUCUUUUGAAGUCGACUUUUAACUGGGAAAUUUUUACUCCCGGUUGUCAUUAACUCCCUAAAUUUACAGUGUAAUGCAAUAACUGUUUAAAACACAAUGUAGGAUACAAUAGUAGAAGAUUGCAGUUAUCUUUUUUAAUUUAAUAAAAUCUAUUUGUACAUUAUAUACAUAUGCUAGUGUAAAUUGAUGAAAUAAAAAAUGAGCUUCUAAGAAUUCUUUUUAAUAAAAAAGAAUAAUUUUUUGCCACAAUCACAUUUCGCUUCUAUAGUGAAGGAAAUUAAGUUAUUGAGAACAAAAAUUCAACGUAUAGUCUAAUUUAUACUUACAUGUACCUAUAGUUUAAUAUUAAAAAUUGAAAUCUAAAAAAAUUCAAUUAAAAAAAUUGAAAAUAUUACUAUUAUGGUGAUUCAACAGCAUAUGAUGACUGUUAGGUCACUAAUUUGUUGGUCACUUGUCUUGUAAAAUAUACUAAAUAGACUAUAAGCUGAUAUUUUAUGAAGUCUAAAACGUAAUAAGGAAAAGCAGUGAAGCGCACAAGUUUUGAUAUUUUUUAAGUUAACUUUUAUCAAAACACUCAGAAAUUAAUGAGAAUGAGGUUAAUUGAGCCUCGGGAUAUUAUAAACCACGUAUCAAAUUCUGACGUCCGUUUUAGUUGGCCCUUGACAUCGGAAAAUUAACUUCAACAAAAUUUUUUUUAAAAUUACUUUCUUAUGGGAAAUUACUUAAAAGUAAUUAAAAAAAAUAUUUUAAUGUCAGGGGACAAAAAUUUUCUAACAAUUCUUAAAGUUUUAUAAUACCUCAUUUAAAGAUAUCAAAUUUUUGUACAUCUCAUUGUUCUGUAAUAAUAUUUUAGAUUUCAGAAAAUAUCAGCAUAGUUCAUUUAUAAUUUUUCGAGAAGAUUGGCCUGUUAAAUAGCAGUUAAUAGCCUACAGGUACAACACAGUAUGAAAAUAUUUUGUUGUCCCACUUUUUUCUUAAGAUUGAGGUUCUAAUAAAUAAGAAAAUUUUAAAUAUAAUUUUUUUAAGCACAUUUUAUUAAAUUUUGCUUGAAUGCUUCUUCAGAAAUAAACAUCAGAUGUACUGUAUUCUAAUACAAACACAAUUAUUUUUCAAAAACUAUUAACGAAAAAGAAACAUAACUUGCAAAAAUAAAUCAGUAUGACAUGACAAUUUCUAUUUUUCUUUUAAGUGAGCUAUAUAUUUAAGAAUUGCUACGAUUUGGCCUUUUUUAAACAUAAAUUUUGAACUUCAAAACUUCUUUUCUGCCUUUAAAUUAGAAUUUUUGCAAAAUUUAGCUGCAAUAUUUCUAAUGUAGAAAUUGUGUCGUGUUCUGACUUUUGAGUCAACUUUUCGACUAAAACAUAUUUACAAUUUUCGACAAAACAGAUUUAAUAUCAGCGAUUUAUUGUCUUCUUUCGUACAAUGAGUUGCCAAAAUGCCUUGUAAAAUUCAUACCAGAAAAUUUAAGUGCCAAAUGAUGUUUUAUGUGUGUAUAUAUAAUUCUCUAUAAAUUAUUGUGUAUAUUAAUAACUAUACCAGUAAGAUUUCGUAGUAGAUUCGAAAUAGCACGUAAUGUUGUGUCAAGCUUGCAACAAUCUUGCCGUUACCUUUCCGCAAAAUUGGUGCAAGAUAUAUUACGUCUUAUCUGGGUUAAUUAUAUUUUUUUGCUUUUAUUCUUUAAUAAUUUGUUUUCUGAAAAUCUUCAGUGUAAUCAUACUAACAAAAUUAUUUUUUGUCUCUUCAACAGAAAUGCCCUUACAUUGUUUAUAAACAACAAAAGAUAACGUGUAAAAAUUCUUGAAGUAAAGUGUAAACGACAUUCUAUUAUACAAUGUGAAGCUUUUAUGAAGCAAAAUAAAAUUUGAAAAUACAUUUAUGCCGAUGUGUUUUCAAGUAUAGCUACACAGGAAUUAUAAUUUUAAAAUUUCAUUGGAUUUUCAUCAGUAUUUAUUAAUUAAUUUUUAUUUAUAUAGUCUAUUCAUUUCCUAUCACACUGUUUAUUUACGACUAAAUAGUAAAUACUUAGCACAGUUUGAAUAUUAAAAAAAUUAAGGACUAACUGAAUCCUAAAUUUUAAA